UCUUAUACGCCAGCACAUGGAGGACGUGCAAGUAGUGCAAGUGUCUCCAAACGACUGAGUUAUUUAUUUACUAAUUUCAACCAGUUUGUCACGCUUGACGUGUUAGAAAAAAAUAUGACAUUGCAGUUUUUAUGAUUAAGUUGUAACCAAAUGGUCUGUUUCGAGCAUUCUAUUUGUUUCAUACAAGCAGAUAAACGAUGAAACUGCCCCUAAAGCACAUAACCUGAAAAUGUUGAGGUACGAUUAGCAACUUUCAGUGUUGUGAUCGAGAUGGAGCGAGUAACUGCUCCCCAGACUAAGAGAAAGAUUAAAAGGGAGUCAUUAUCAGUAGCUAAUAAUGAAGCUGCUGCAAAGAAAACGGUCACGCCUAGAGAAACAGAUGAUAUAAAUGGUCCUCUGAGUAAUAAUAAAGACAGUGCUUGUGUUUGCCCUGAAAGCAUCACUCAGAUCGCUGAGUCCAUUGGUAUUACUAAUGUUGGAGAAGAGGUUGCGUGUAGUCUGGCUGAAGAUGUGUCUUAUAAGAUACAGGAAAUCAUUCAUGCAUCGUGUACGCUCAUGCGCCAAUCUAAGCGCCGAAAAUUGCUCACAUCUGAUGUUAACUCUACUCUGAGUACAAGUAAUGUCAGUCAUAUUUUUGGUCACCUGCAAAAGGAGGACUCGAGUUUUUUUCGUCUUCCUGAAGCUGACAUUUACGUUGCUGAGGACCAUGAAGUAGAUUUAUUAGCCACAGCAAAAAGUACUUGUGUUCCUAAAGUAAAAAAACCCUCAUAUGUUGCAACCUCAUAUCCUAUUUUACAAAGUGUUAACCCAUUACCUGUUAAUGGACAUACUAUUAAGACUGAAGGGAAAUCUAUAUCUUUUUAUUCUGGAAAGUCUUCUAUGGUGAAUGGUGAUGUGAAGGCAGAGACCACUAUUCCACACUCUCACAAUCAGUCUGCACUUCAGAAUUCACUUAAGAAGGAAAGAAAAAUAUCACCUGAUAGUUUUAAGAAAAGGACUUCAUCUGUGGAAAAUGGACCACAUUUAAAGUCAGCAUUGGACACCUGUUCAAAGUUGAAUGGACAAGUUAGGUUUUCAUCUCAUCAUGGAAUCCGAGAGAAGUUAAACCGAAAUUCUGAAGAUGAACUAAUAAUUUCAAAAGCUCAACUUUCAUUUUUCAAUGUCAUAGCUAAAUCAGUUAUUGGUGGACACCAUUACCUAUUUCAGGAAGUGCUUUCCACAUUGCGCCAGAGUAGAAAAGCAAAUACUGUAUCAGCUCCUCUUCUGAAUUUUGUCGCACUAUCUGUGUGCCACAUUCCACGGCACUUUGGAUUUCUAUCCAGACUGUUAGAUGUAGUUGAUGUCUUGCUUAGAAACAGAAAUAUUUGCCCCACUCACUCUAUAGCUGUUAAUCGUCUAGUAAAUGCUCUUUUAGCAAUUUCUGCUGAUCAAACAGUUCUUAAAGGCAAGAAUGAUUUUUUAUUAAGAAAGAAAUCUGCACAACUAUUGACAAGAGUUUUACUUGUUUGGGGUAUAGAAGAACAGCAUGUUUCUGAGCUUUUGUCAAGAGUAGCUCGUGUACUUGGUGAUGGUAAAGAAAAAAUACAAAGCCACUAUGGAGCACUUGUAAUUUUUCAGAGCUUAGGAAAAGCAGCAAUUGGAUGGCUGUCACCCAUACUUAAGUGCUUUUUACCACUCAUGGACAAGAGAUAUCCUCUUACUUCCAAAUCCUCCAACAACCAGUUAGAAGAAAUUCGUGGUAUACUUCUGGAUGUUGUUGAAAUAUUAUACUGUGAUGAAAAUCCAUACCGGUUCAAGACAAAAGCUUCAACUGUUCAAGAAACACAAGCUAUGAUACACCUUGAUACAUUACUUUACCAGUACUGUGGGGAUGCUGUCUGUGCCAGACGCCGAAUAUCUCCUCUUAUACUUCAGCAACUAGAAGCCAGGAUUAAACGUUCUGAAGGACUUCAGCAAGCAUACUUUGAGGCAAAUCUGAUGCCUCAUAUUUCCAAUCGUCUAGAUUUUCGGCAUUUAAGUGACUGUUCUCGGAAACAAACAAAAAUGUGUUCUAUAUCCGAAGUUUUUGAAGAAACAUUUGUUGUGCCUAUUGCUAGAAGAAAAGACAUUCUGUUUAAAUUUGCUGGUGCAAAUCCAGUACCUAAAGAUGGUCUGAGAAAAAAAAUUCUUGGAAAGACUCUUGUUCAGUUUAAUUCCAUUAAUAGCAACCAAAACUCUACAGUAUCACCCCAGAAACUGGUUUUAGUUGGCCGUAUACAUCGUAGCAAAUGUAAACCAGUCAAGAAGCAACUGAAUGUUAACAGCCUUUACACUGUUCUUUAGGAUUCACUGUUGAGUACAAAACAUUUUCUGAAGGUGUUUUGUGGUGUGUAAUAUAAGUCUUUCACUUUGAUUUUUUUUUCUUGAAUAAGAAUUUAGUAGUUCAGUAUCAUGAACAUGAAGUUAAUUUUUUACUCCCCGUAACAGAUUUUAUCUGGUUCAUUAUUGUAACUUUUUCUUUUAUUUUUUUUCUGAUUUGGGAUAAGUUUGCUGUCUAGGAUGACUUCUAUUUGGCCAUCUACUCAUUCAACCCAUUUUGAAAUAUGUGUUCUCUUAUUUUUAUACAGUAACAAUAAUACACUAGUCAAAUUUCCUUAACAUGCAUUAUCCACUUAUUGGUUGAAGUGCAAUGUUAUGGAGACAUUUUGGAAUUACAACUUCAAUUCAAAAUGAUGCUCAGAGUUAUGAGAAUAUUUUAUUAAGGAAGAUAAACUGUUUAUGUCACUGUUAUCAACACUUGUUAAAAAGCAUUUUGUAAGAUUGACAUUCACCAAAUGUACAAGAUAUUUUUUAAACUGGUGUGGGUAAUGGAGCCUUGUGAAACUGCAUGUGCAAUUUGAGUAGUGUAACCUUAUUGCAGUAUGUACUUAUUUUCAUAGAAAAUAUGUAAAACCUUUAUAUUUUAAGAUGUUCCUAUAAUACGUUUUAACCAAAUGGCCAUAUAGUUCUGCAGAAUUUUUCAAUUACAUUAUUUUGAACACUUAA